AUGGCGCCAUCAACUAUAGUUGAAGACAGGCUGCAGUCGGGACACCGGCUAUCGCAUCCUCCACCCGGAGACGAGGUCUUCAUCACAGGCGUGUCGGGAUACUUCCCCGACUCGGACUCCGUCAUACACCUGCAGGAAAACCUUUUUAAUAAAGUAGAUUUAGUCAGCAAUGAUGGUCGUCGUUGGAAGCUGGUUCACCCUGAAAUCCCGCAUCGUACAGGCAAGAUCAACAACCUCAAUAAAUUUGAUGCGUCCUUCUUUGGUGUGCACUACAAACAGGCUCACACAAUGGAUCCCAUGUGCAGAAUUAUGUUGGAAAAGGCUUAUGAAGCUGUCAUUGAUGCUGGAAUGAACCCCAAAGAACUCCGCAAUACUAAGGUCGGUGUAUUUAUUGGAGCUUGCUUCUCAGAAUCUGAAAAAUCAUGGUUCUAUGAGAAGAUGCAGAUAAACCAUUACGGCAUAACUGGAUGUUCCCGUGCCAUGUUGGCGAACCGUGUCUCCUACUGGUUGGGAGUGACUGGUCCCUCAUACACUAUAGACACUGCCUGCUCCAGUUCUUUUUAUGCACUAGUACAUGCUUAUAGGGCUAUCCGCGAUGGCCACUGUGAUGCUGCCAUCGUUGGAGGGAACAACUUGUGUCUCCAUCCCUAUGUGUCCUUACAGUUUGCUAGAUUGGGAGUAUUGUCACCUGACGGUGCUUGCAAGAGUUUUGACAACAGUGCCAAUGGCUACGCUCGUUCUGAGGCGAUUGUGGUCGUCUUUUUGCAGAGAGCUAAGGAUUCUAGACGUGUUUAUGCUCAGAUGAUUCAUGGCAAGACCAAUUGUGAUGGUUACAAAGAACAAGGUAUUUCGUACCCUGCUAGUAUUGUUCAGAAGCUACUGUUAAAAGAGUUCUACGAAGAGUGCGCCAUCUCACCGUCCGUCUUGGAAUACCUGGAGGCUCACGGCACAGGUACCAGGGUCGGAGAUCCUCAAGAGUUGCAGGCCAUUGAUGAAAUUUUAUGCACCGGUCGGAAUGAACCUUUAUUGAUCGGUUCCAUUAAGUCCAAUUUGGGACACAGUGAACCUGCCUCCGGGCUCUGUUCUAUUGCUAAAAUGUGCAUUGCUUACAACACUGGCUACAUUCCUCCAAAUAUUCACUUCAAAACACCUCGCGAAGGAGUAGCACCUCUGGUUGAAAAAAGGGUCUCAGUCGUAACAGAAAAGACUUCUUGGGGCAGGGGCAUGUCAGGAGUCAACAGUUUUGGGUUUGGAGGAGCCAACGCUCACGCUCUGUUAAAAGAUGUCGCUAGAGCAAAGGUCAACAAUGGCAUUCCAUCAGACGACCUUCCCCGUCUCGCCUGCGUAUCAGGUCGUUCGAAGUCAGCAGUAGCCAGGAUCCUUGAUGACUUGGAGUCCAGGACAGUAGAUGUUGAUCUGAUCCGUCUGGUACACGCUAUUCAUGCUGACGAUAUAGCAGGGCAUAAUUAUAGAGGAUACACACUACUAAGUUCGACUCCCAGGAAAAGUGUGUCUCUAGCGCGUGAGAUCCAGUAUUUCUCAGGAGUGCGUCGUCCAGUAUGGUUCGUGUACUCGGGUAUAGGCUCCCAGUGGGCCGGUAUGGCCAAGCAGCUCAUGAGGAUCUCCGUCUUUUCUGCUGCUAUUGAGAAGUGCCACAAAGCUCUUGAACCUAAAGGCCUCAACCUGACGAAGAUUAUCACUGAGAAUGACCCUAAGAUCUACGACAACAUCCUUAACUCCUUCAUUGGUAUCGCUGCUGUACAGAUCGGUCUCACUGAUGUCUUGAAGACUAUUGGCAUUGAACCUGAUUACAUCAUUGGUGACAGUGUCGGAGAACUCGUUUGCGCAUACGUCGAAGGCUGUUUAAUUGCAGAGGAUACCAUCUUAACCGCUUACCGCCAGGGCUUGGAUUACAAUAAGAAACCUUUCACAGCUGCCAUCGGCGUUGAACAGGUUGUCAAAAAUUUCAAACGACGUUCCGACAAUUGGGUAUCUACUCCACUACUGCAGGGUCAAUGUAAAAAUCCGAAAGCUUCUACUAAAUGUCAGAAAAAUGGUCAUGAGCAGAGUCCAGUGUUAUUUGAGAAGACAGUUCGUCUGAUCCACACUAACGCGAUCACCAUCGAGAUCGCCCCCCACGGUCUGCUGCAAGCUAUCCUGCGCAAGUCUCUGAAGAAGGACGUCAUCAACGUUGCUUUGACACAGAAAGACCACCCGGACAAUAUCCAGGUUCUGUUUACUGCUAUUGGAAAACUAUACGAGUCAGGUCUGAACCCACAUCUAGCCAACGUCUACCCACAUGUACCAUUCCCCGUGUCACAGGGUACGCCUAUGCUUGCCCACCUCGUUGAAUGGGAACAUAGUGAGAACUGGUUUGUGACAUCAUACAAUGAUCUUGACAAAAUGAAUGUUGGUGAGAGGACGGUUUGGAAGUCAAUUGAGGAUGACGAAUCCGAGUUCCUGACUGGUCAUGUCGUUGAUGGUCGCAACUUAUAUCCUGCCACCGGCUAUCUAUUCUUGGUGUGGGAGACCCUCGGUAUGAUGAUGGGAGAACCUUUUACGGAAAUAUCAGUAGUCUUCGAGAACGUGCGCUUCCAGAGAGCUACCAACAUUCCUAAAGAAGGAAGCCUGGAGUUUACCAUCACAAUCCACAAAAAAAGUGGCAACUUUGAGAUCUCCGAAAGUGGCGUUCCUAUCGUGAUCGGUCGUAUCUAUGCCAAGAAGAACGUCAGUCAAGAUUUCAGGGUACUCCCGCACUUGCCGGAAGUUAAACGUCCUGCUUUCAAACACUUGCUGACUAAAGAUUUCUACAAAGAACUGCGUCUUAGAGGAUAUCAAUACAGCGGCCUUUUCCGUGGCAUCCUCGGUUGCAACGUUGACUCUACCCGCGGUCGUAUCGCUUGGGACAACAACUGGGUUACAUUCAUGGACUGCAUGAUGCAGAUGAUGAUCAUAGGCCAAGACACCAGAGGUCUCUCUGUACCCACUAGGAUUGACAAACUCUCCAUCGAUGCUUCUAUGCACUGUAAUGCAAUAUCAAAAAUGAAUCCGGACUCGAAGAGAAAGUCUUUUGAGGUCCGUGUAUACCCAGAUGUCAACGUUGUCAGGGCUGGUGGUAUCGAAAUACGGGGUCUUCAUGCUACACCCAUUACCAAAAGGCAACCUCUUGGCAUACCCGUACUUCAGAAAUACAAGUUUAUUCCCAACUUUGGAAAAUCUAAGAUGAAGAUUGAAGAUAUUCUUCGUGCGAACGUCCAGCUGGUUUUGGAGAAUAUUCAAAUACACAAAGUCAAAUGUAUUGAGUUAGUCGACGAAGAACACAAGAAGAACGAUCUAAAGCCUAUCUUAGAACACGUUGGACACAUGCUAGGAGAUUUGCCCAACACGCAAGCUGAACUAUUGAUGAUUUCCGAAGAGCCCUUUGAGGUAUCUUCCAAUAUUACCGUCGAAAAUAGAAAAUUAGUCGGAGAGAGUAACACAGUACUGUUCAUUGGUGCUAAUCUCCUUGGUAGACCUGAGGUCCUACAACAAGCAUUCAGCACCCUACGUGGCAAGGCCUUCAUAAUAAGUCGUGAAACAGAACAUCCUGACUUAAAGAUAGUCACUGACAGAUACGACAUCGUCACUGUUUACAACACGGGCUUUGAAUACUUGGUGCUCUUAAGAAACCGAGUAGGAACAAGACCAGCCAAGUUCAUAAGAAUUUUAGCUGCUGAUGAUACUUUCUCGUGGGUAGAAAAAGUCAAGGAAGAACUCAACGGAAGCCAGAAAGUGGUACUUUACGCACAAGAUGAACAUAUCAACGGUCUCUUAGGAUUAGUGAACUGUUUGCGGGCGGAACCUGGUGGUGAGAUCGUGUAUGGUCUCCUCAUUUCUGACCCAUCAGCUCCUCCGUUCAACCCUGACGAAGAGUUUUACGAAGAACAGAUGAAAAAGGAUUUGGCUAUUAACGUAUACAAGGAUGGUCAAUGGGGCACUUACCGACAUCUUCUCUUAGAUGACUUAGAGACAAUUCCUGUUAACCAUGCCUAUGUCAAUGCUCUUACCAUCGGAGAUCUUUCCUCACUAAAAUGGGUCGAAGGAACUAUCAGGGACAACCAUAUAUUUAAGGACAAAGAAAAACUGUUAAUUCACGUAUACUGCGCCGCUUUAAACUUCCGUGACGUCAUGACAGCCAUUGGUCGUGUCACAGUAGAUGCUAUCGAUCGCGGUCGUCUCGCGCAGGAGUGCGUGAAAGGCAUUGAAGUUGUCGGCAAGACCAUCAAUGGUACUCGUGUCAUGGGUAUGGUUCGUAACCGAGGUAUAGCAAACUUGGUCGAGGGAGACCGGCAGAGCCUGUGCCCCAUUCCAGACGAGUGGACCUUCGAGGAAGCCGCUACUGUACCUGUAGCUUAUGGAACUGUGUAUUAUGCUAUGGUCAUGUUCGGUGAGAUGCAGCGCGGCGAGUCUAUUCUCAUCCACGCUGGUUCUGGAGGAGUAGGUCAGGCCGCCAUCAAUGUAGCGCUCCAUUAUGGCUGUGAAGUUUUCACCACCGUCGGUACCGCGGAGAAGAGAGCUUUCAUCAAGAAGCUGUUCCCACAACUUAAAGAUAGUCACAUCGGGAAUUCUCGUGAUACGUCCUUCGAAGACAUGAUCAGACGCGAGACCAACGGUAAGGGUGUCGACAUGGUGCUCAACUCCUUGUCUGAUGAUAAACUACAGGCAUCAGUCCGUUGCCUGGCGUUCAGAGGUCGCUUCCUUGAAAUCGGUAAGUUUGACAUCAGUAACAACACUGCCAUCGCUAUGUACUUCUCAUCAAAGGAAAUCACCUUCCACGGUGUCAUGUUGAACUACAUCUUCAAUCAGGACGCCAUCGUCAGGAAGCGUUUGCAAGAUCUGCUUCUAAACGGCAUUGAAGACGGUGCCGUCAAACCUUUGACUUACUGCACGUUUAAGGCCAAUGAAGUGGAAAAUGCCUUCCGCUACAUGGCUGCUGGCAAACACAUCGGAAAGGUGAUCGUUAAGAUCCGUGAGGAAGAGCGCAAUACACAUCCCGUUAGAUCAAUACCGAUACCUAUUGAUGCUGUACCGAGGUACAUUUGUCAUGAAGACCGUGUUUACGUGGUGGUGGGUGGUCUAGGAGGCUUCGGAUUGGAGCUGGCUGACUGGCUCAUCAUACGAGGUGCAAGGAAAAUUUUGCUCAACUCUCGCAGAGGUAUCAGCAACGGAUACCAGUCAUCUCGAUUGAGGGCUUGGGAAUCCUACGGUGCCGAUGUCCAGAUUUCAACACAUGACGUCACCACUGAGUCUGGAUGUGAGGGAAUGCUCAAGAUGGCGCUGAACAUGGGGCCCGUUCAUGCUAUUUUCAACUUGGCUGUCGUUUUGAAGGAUUCCAUCUUCGAAAACCAGACUCCUGAAAGCUUCAAAACAUCUUUCGCACCAAAGGGGCUUGCUACUAUGCACUUGGACAAAUUAUCGAGAAUGUUGUGUCCAGACUUAAAGGAUUUUGUGAUCUUCUCAUCUAUAUCCUGUGGUCGUGGUAAUGCUGGCCAAGCCAACUACGGCUACUCCAACUCUGUGAUGGAAAGGAUCUGUGAAGGGAGGAAGAAGUAUGGCCUCCCAGCUCUAGCUGUACAAUGGGGAGCUAUUGCAGAUGUGGGUUUGAUAGCCGACUUACAGGAGGAAGAUGUCCAACUUGAGAUCGGAGGAACCCUGCAGCAAAGGAUAUCUUCCUGUCUGACCGCUCUCGAUAAGUUCAUGAAGCAGGAUGCUCCCAUUGUGUCAUCAAUUGUGGUGGCUGAGAAGAAGACUGGGGCCGAAGGAUGUGCCAAUGCAGUAGAAGCAGUAGCACAAAUUUUGGGUAUUAAAGAUUUGAAGACGGUAUCGCAACAAAGUUCUCUGGCUGAGUUGGGUAUGGACAGUAUGAUGGCUUUGGAGAUUAAUCAAACACUGGAAAGAGAAUUUGAGAUUUUCCUCACGGCACAAGAUAUUAGAACCUUGACAUUCGCGAAACUGGCAGAAUUAACAGCACAACAUGAAGCUUCAUCCUCUGCAUCAACAUAUAACUCCACUAACGUGCAAGGCGUCGGUCUUCGUGUGCUGAUGAGGAACUUUGGAGAUGAGAAAACAGCUUCAGAACCUUGCAUCUACAUGCCUUCCAUAGUUAGCGACGAGAUGGAGGACCAAGGAGUUACCCCUGCAAGAGACCGGGUGAUGUUCAUGCUGCCAGGGCUAGAGGGUUUCGCAGCGACGCUGGAGCAGCUAUGUAAAAGAUUAGAGAUCAAGGUCUGCGUGCUGCAGCUCGGUGUGGAACACAAGAACGAGAACAUGGACCAGAUGGUGAUCAGGUUAUACCAAACGAUGAUAUCACAACUAGCACCUGGUGCUCCAUUUUGGCUCCUCGGAUACAGUUAUGGUACUCUCCUCACUUUGGAGCUGGCUUCGAGGCUGGAGAAAGCAGGUUUCAAUGGAACUGUAUUCUGCCUGGACGGUGCCCCUGAUUUCCUCUACGCAAUUAUUUCUAAGACCAUGAAUAUUAAAAAUGACUUCCAACUGCAGAACAGCUUGCUGUGUCACACUUUAAGUAUUCUUGCUCCUAACCUUGACGUUGCUAACGAGUUUAUGGACAAACUCAACAAGAUCGAGUCUUAUGAAGAAAGAAUUGCUUUGACAGUCGAAAUGUCUCCAAUACAGAACAAUUAUUCCAACAAGUUCUUUGCAAACAUUGCUCGAGCUUCCUUCGACAGGCUGAAGACUAUCCUUGACUUUGAUCCGAAGGCUUUCAGGAAGCUACAGUCUCCAAUCGUCCUUCUUCGUCCCAAAGAGAACCCGUCCUUCGUAGCUGUAGAAGAGAACUAUGGACUCGACAAGUACACAGAGAACAAUGUCACCGUACACUUCCUGGAGGGUAACCAUGUCUCUAUCAUUGAGAACAAGGACUGUGCUAACAUCAUCAAUAGAGUUUUGGCUGAUAAUAACGAAAAGUAAUGCAAUCAAUAAGUAACCAGGAUUGUAUGAAAGCAGAAAUUCAAGCACAAAUAUGAUAAAUCGGUAAAAAUUACAUUGUCAGUACAAAUAUUGUUAUUGCAUCUGAUAUCCUUAUCGUCAGUGGAAAGGGAAAAACACUAAAGCGCCAAAACGCUAUUUGUGGCAAAAGAGGACCAAAGUUGAAAUUUUGCGAAAAAAAAUCAUAUCUUUUUGGGUAUUAAUGUUAAACUGUUCCUUUAAAAGGUCAUCGUGUUCCUAUUUCGUUUCGUACAUUAUAUUUGAUGAAAAUAUCAGGUUUAAAGCUUAUUUAGAUAACAAAAUAGUGAUAUUUUCUAAAGCGACCGAGAAUUUCUAAAGAGACCGAGAAUCGAGAUCUAAAAUAGCAAAAAAAUACUUAUGUUGUGAAUUUCAAAACACUUUGCCAGUGAAAAAAUACUUAUGCGACAUUUGUUGCUUCACUGAAAAUACGUCGCUUUAGUAGCUACGUGGGCUGUGAUUUAUGAAAAACUUCUAAUUACUUAAGCGCCAAAAAAAUAGACCGGUUGACACGAUACCUACACAGAUUAGCGCAGAAAAAAAUAUCUAUUCAGCAAUGUAUAAAACUCAUUUUGGCCCAUGUGGCGUUUUAUCAUUUUUCCCUUUCCACUGACGUUAUUAUAUUUCAAUAAGGUAGAUAUAAAUAAC